AUGGGAAAUUCACAGAGUAUUGCAGGGCGCUCCUGCUUCCUGUCUGCUGUGGGCAACAAUACUGACCUCGUUACUUUCCGCGGCGAUAUCCUGUAUGAAAUGCGCGGUUUGCCGUCUUACAACCUGGCCAUACCUGUCCGACCAGCGGUGAUCACCUAUCCCAGAACCACAAGCCAAGUCGUGGAUAUAGUACGCUGUGCCGUUGAAUCUGACUACAAGGUGCAGGCCUAUAGUGGUGGUCAUAGCUAUGGAAACUACGGUCUUGGAGGAGUCGACGGCCAUGUCGUCGUCGAUCUGAAAUACUUCCAGAAUUUCUCCAUGGACCAGAAUACCCACGUUGCAACUAUCGGUGCCGGCACAAAUUUGGGUGAUCUUCAGGACCGUCUCCUGCAUGCAGGUGGAAGAGCAAUGACCCAUGGCGAUUGUCCUCAAGUCGGCGUGGGCGGGCACUUCACUAUCGGUGGUCAUGGACUGAUGGAUCGUCAAUGGGGAAUGUCUCUGGAUCACGUUGUCGAGGCUGAAGUGGUUCUGGCCAAUGCCAGCGUGGUGACUGCAUCGGACACGCAGAAUCAGGAUGUCUUCUGGGCCGUCAAAGGCGCUGCUGCGAGUUUUGGCAUCGUCACUCAGUUCAAGGUUCGCACGCAGCCUAUCCCCAAGGCUGCAUUGCAGUACACGUACCUGUUUAGCCAGGGCGGGGUCAUGGAUCGAGUGAAGCUCUUCCAUGACUGGCAGACGCUGAUUUCGAAGCCGAACCUUACUCGGAAUUACACCUCCCAGAUGACGAUCUUCCAAGAUGGGAUUCUGAUUAUGAGCAGCUUCUUCGGCACGGAGGAGGAAUUCCGUGAUUUCCAAGAGGAGAAUGGUCUGCCGUUCCAGAGUAUGGGCAAUGUGGCCUACAUCACCAACUGGCUGUCUCUGGUCGCCCACACCGCGGAGGACUAUGUCAUUCAAUUGGUGGGUGGUUUGUUCACCUCCUUCUACGCCAAGUCAAUCUCUUUCACUGCGGACCAACUCUUCGACGAGCGUGGCCUGGUCACCUUUUUCACGUACCUUGACUCUGCGCCCAAGGGUACCCAAGCAUGGUUCAUCAUCUUUGACCUGGAGGCUGGCGCGAUCAAUGACAUUCCCAUGAAUGCCACGGCCUAUGUGCACCGCGACGCUGUCAUGUGGAUGCAGUCCUAUGUCGUUGUCGGCUUCGAUCCUCCCAGCUUCAUUGCCAAGCGGUUCCUCAACCGCCUCCAUGAAGUUGUCAUCGGUAAUCGUCCUCCGGGCCCUCUGCGUUCUUACCCAGGAUACGUUGACCCUUUCAUGAAAGAUGGUCAGAUGGCAUACUGGGGGACCAAUCUGCCUCGUCUUCAAGACAUCAAGACUCGCGUCGACCCGAAGGAUGUUUUUCAUAACCCGCAGAGUGUUGCGGUCAACCCUCCUGCUCCUCGGGGCCGGUGGUUGUAA